AUGUUAGUUGAUAAUCAAACAUCUACCACUACAAAUUUAGUAGGAACAAAAAGAAAAUCACCAGAAAAUGAUUUUAUUAUGACAAUUGAUAUUGCAGGAGAUGAUGAUUUUGUAGAUGAUGAUGAAAAUGAUGAUGAUGAAGAUUUAAAAGAAGAUUUUUUCUUUGAAGAAUCAGAUAAACCACAGUUACCAUGGGAUUUUGCACCAACUAUUGAAAAGAUGAAACAACAAACUCAUAAAAAAACAGAUGGUCAAACUUCAUUAGAAGAUAAAAUUAAUCAAAGAAAAACAGUUAAAAAAUUAAAAGCAGAUGAUGAUAAAUCAGUAACUACCAAAACAACAAAUAAUAAUAAAUCAAAAAAAAGUAAUAAUAAUGAUAAUGAUGAUGAUGAUGAAGAAGUAAAUGAAGAAGAAGAGGAGGAAGAAGAAGAAGAAGAUAAUGAAAAUGAAAAAGAAAUUAAUAAAAAACAACAACAACAACAACAACAAUCAAAUAAACAAACAACAGAUAAAAUUAAAGUUUUACAAUCAAAUAGAAAAUUGAAAAAAAUUGUUGAAGAAGAAUUACCAACAUUUGAAGAAUUACAUUUAUCUAGACCAUUAUUAAAGGCAGUACAAAAACUUGGAUUUAGUCAACCAACACCAAUUCAAGCCAAAGCAAUUCCAUUGGCAUUGAAUGGUAAGGAUAUUUUAGCAAGUGCAAGUACUGGUUCAGGUAAGACAGCAGCAUUCCUUUUACCAGUUUUAGAGAGAUUACUUUUUAGAGAUAGUGAAUAUCGUGCAAUUAGAGUAUUGAUUUUAUUACCAACUCGUGAGUUGGCAUUACAAUGUCAAUCGGUUAUGGAGAAUUUAGCACAAUUUUCAAACAUCACAUCAUGUCUUAUCGUUGGUGGUCUUUCAAAUAAAGCACAAGAAGUUGAACUUAGAAAAUCACCAGAUGUUGUCAUUGCAACACCAGGUCGUUUAAUCGAUCAUCUUUUGAAUGCCCAUGGCAUUGGUUUGGAUGAUUUGGAGAUUUUAAUUCUCGAUGAAGCCGAUCGUCUUUUAGAUAUGGGUUUCAAAGAUGAAAUCAAUAAAAUUGUUGAAAGUUGUCCAACCAAUCGUCAAACUAUGCUCUUUUCAGCAACACUAAAUGAUGAAGUUAAAACACUCGCCAAGCUAUCACUUCAACAACCAAUUCGUGUUCAAGUUGAUGCAUUGAUGCAAGUAACAUCAACAUUGGAACAAGAGUUUGUUAAAAUUAAACCACAACAUCUUAGUGAUCGUCCAGCAAUUCUUCUCUCUCUUUGUACUCGUGUCUUUAAUCAAGGUGGAACCAUUAUCUUUUGUCGUAGUAAAAAAGAAGUACAUAGAUUACGUAUCAUCUUUGGUUUAUCUGAUUUGAAAGCCGCUGAAUUACAUGGUAAUCUUUCACAAGAACAACGUUUCGAUUCACUUCAACAAUUUAGAGAUGGUCAAGUCAAUUAUUUAUUAGCUUCAGAUGUCGCCUCUAGAGGUCUCGAUAUCAUUGGUGUUAAAACCGUUAUCAAUUACAAUAUGCCAAAUAAUAUGGCAAAUUACAUUCACAGAGUUGGUCGUACUGCUCGUGCUGGUAUGGAUGGUAAAUCUUGCUCUUUUAUCACUGAUAAUGAUCGUAAACUCUUAAAAGAUAUUGUUACAAAAGCAAGAAAUAAAGCAAAAUCAAGAUCUGUUUCACAAGAUAAUGUAAAUUUCUGGAGAAAUAGAAUUGAAGAAUUAACAGAAGAUAUUAAAUCAAUUGUUAGAGAAGAAAUGAAAGAAGCAGAUUUAAGAAAAGCAGAGAAAACAUUAGAUAAAGCAGAGAAAAUCAUUUCAAAUGCUGAUGCAAAUGUUGAAACACCAAAAGUUUGGUAUAAAACAAAACAAGAAGAAGAUAAAUCAAAAGAGUUAUGGAAGAUUGAAAAUAACAUUGUUAAUCCAGGUAAAAAAUUAAAGGCACCAAUCGAUGUUACCGGUGUAAAUAAUGUACCAUCAAUUAAAAAAUUAAAACAAAAGAAAGAUCCAUACUAUGGUUUAUCUAGAAAACAAAGAAGACAUAGACAAUUUAAAGAAGAGUUUGAACGUGAACAACAAGAGGAGAGAAAGAGAAAAGGUGGUGACGAUGGUGAUGAUAAUGAAGAAAUUGAUUCUGGUAAAAUGUUUGAAAGAUCUCAAAGAGCUCAAAAAUCAUCUGGUAAAGAAACAAAAAGAAUUGAAUCACUUCGUAGAAAUUAUAUGGCUGGUGGUGCUUUAACUGAUCAAGAAAAACAAAGAGUUGACAAUAAAAAAUCAAAGAAAAAUAAGAGAAUGAUUGUAAAUAAAAAAGAAAAGAAACAAAGACUAUCAAAGAAAUAA